AUGGUGAAAGAUCUACGCUCAUAUGGAAGUUCAAUGGGUUUUCCUGAAGUAGUUGAGUUCAUAACUACUCUAUUUGCCUUCCUUCAAACUUCGACAGAUGCACCACACGUUCUUAUGGAGUUUACACUCAUCCUCUUUAUGGAUUUGCAUCCUCGCAAAGAUCUUGUCCUACACCCUGAUUACCCUGAAUUCCACCAGAAUACCAAUUUGGAUAAACCAAGGCAAGAACCUGAGAAUGUACCUCAGGUGCCACCAUAUCGUUCUUCUUCUCUUUACAUACGCAGUGUACUAUCACCAACUGCUAUUUCAGUUCAUAUCACUUGUGGAGAAGGAGAGAGUACAAUGGACGAGAUUACUACGCGAGUUCAUCUUGACAGUGCUGCCAAGGAAAUUAUCAGAAUCUGGUUGGAUAAAUGCACAAGCAGCAUUAAACAAUUGGGAGAAACUGAAAGGGCCGGUUUGCUCAGAAGAGACGGUUUGUUCAAGAACAAGACCAUUGAAAUCAAUCUUGCUGCAAACUUGCCUAGAUUGUUCGGCCCUGAUGUUGCAAACCGAGUUGGGGGAGCCAUUCAAAAAGCUUUUAGGACAUAA